AGAAGAGCGGGAAAAGACUUCUUCUUUAACAGGAGUUUUUUUCCACAUAGAAAGAGAAGUGCCCUUUAUUUUCCAACACACACACACACAAGAAACUCUAUUUCUUUUCUCCUCCGUCUUUUGAUGUUAUGGUGUUGCAACUUACAGCAUCGUUGCAGCGUCAAAACGCUGUCACGGGCAGCAUCGGGGAAGCGGUUGAUCGUAUGAGUCGACGCUGCGCGAUAACGAUGAAGAAUCUGUCUUUUUCUCCUCUUCUAUCAUCAUCAUCACUAUCACGCCUGGGCGUGCUGAAGGACAUCCCUUGUACCAUCUGCGUAUACACCGUCGUGAAGACGGUAUCAAUCGAUAUACACAUGCAUGAAGUAUGAAAUUAACGACCAUAGCGAAUGUGAAAGGUACACAAUUUAAGAUAAAGCUUUUUGUUCAAAGCCUUCAAUGUCGGGUUUUAAACAUCACACUGCAUCCGCGUGCGGACGUGCAUCUGGUUACGUCUCAACACAACCAGUGAACCCCCAAUGGCUUGACGCGCGUUAGUUUCUCUCCACCUCACUGGCCACCUCGAUACUCCUGUUCUCAUCGACCCUUUGUUUAUUCUCUCUUCGAUUAAUGUUGGGCGAACAUCUUUGCUACCCUGUUCUAUUUCGAUAAAAACACAAAAAUUAAACACAUAUAUAUGUGGCUCUGCGCAGCCCGCCCCGACGACACGCAUCGAACGCAUUUUAGCAGCUCUCUUGUCUCUCUCUCUUUUUCCUUUUCCUUGUUUGCAAGUAUGUUGGACUACCUCAUCCCCAUCGCGAUCGCCGUGGUCGGCAUCGUCGUCAUGGUGUACAUCUUCCAGAGCAUCAACAAGUCGGAGGUCAGCGCCGUGUCAGCUGAAUCGACUCGCAAGCCUCGCGCGAAGAAAUCGCAGCACCCGUCCCACAAGUACCGCGAGGACGUUCUGGACAUCGCCACGGAGCAGCUGAUUGCCCGCGAGGUGGCCCGUGCGCCGACUGGCAUGGUCACCGACACCAAGACGGUCGCCCCUACCACGCUGGACAGCAUCCGCAGCCGCCGCAACGCCAAGGAGGAAAGCCAGCAUACGGUGGCCACGGCGAAGCUUAGUGAGCGCCAGAAGCAGGUGGUGAAGGACCAGGGCUUCACCGUCGUCGAGAAGCAGAAGCCGGCAGCGAAGCACCAGCAGCAGCAGAAGCAGCAGCGCGAGCAGGAGCCGACCACCUCCACCGAAGACCUAGAGAAGAAGCUGAGUCUUUUUUUCAAGAGCAGCGGCAGUCGCAAGGCGAGGGAGAGCAAGCCGAAGGCCGAAGAGAACAGCAGCGAGCCGGCCAGCACCCGUGGCACGGUGACCAUGAAGGGCAACAUCGGCGUCGCGAAAGGCUGGCCGUUUAAAGAGGCUGCUGCGGAGCAGGAGGCGCAGCUGUGA